UAUGUACCGCCGAUACCGUCCCACUGGUUUAUUACGCUGUUUGUGCUGUUUGUCUGUCAUGUGACUAAAAUCAUGUGAUGCUGAUAUAAUUGCACUUAUCGCCACGGCCUCCAUUCCCGUACAAUUUAUCGCUUUUGAUCGUCGCGAUUGGCAGCCUUGUCAACACAACUUACUUUCCUCACCAUGACUGAAGAAACAGCAGCACCAGACGUCCCCCAAUUCUCCUUCAAGAAACGCCCCGCCAAGGCCAAGGCCAAUUUCAGAAAGAAGCCCGAGUCGCCGCCACCCGCUGCCUCUGAUUCCGACUCCGAUUUCACCUCAGACGACGACGAAGAGGGUCGCAAGAUUAAGCGUCGUCGCAAGAAUGUCGCCGUGACAGCAUCGUCAGCUACAGAUGCGAAUGGCCGGAAAGCAGCAGCCACAGACGAGCAACCUACCGGUACCGCCACCGCAACCGUUCCGAUCACUCAGACGAACGACGCGACGAAACAGUCCAACUGGUACGAUGAGGAGGACCUGAGUGAGAAGAAUCUGUUGGGCACAACGCGACCUAAGCCCGGGUCAUCAGCAGCUCCGGAUGGUACCUACAAAGGUGCGGCGAAUUACCAGUCCUUCAUUCAGAAGAACCCCAAUGCGCCAAACAAGCAAUUCGGUCCCAUCAAAGCCCCUACGAACAUCCGCACAAUCACCGUGAUGGACUUUGCGCCCGACGUCUGCAAGGAUUGGAAACAGACUGGCUUCUGCGGUUUCGGCGACUCGUGCAAAUUCCUGCACGCCCGCGAAGACUACAAACAAGGCUGGGAACUAGACCGCGACUGGGAAAUCGGUACAAAGGGCAAACAGCUAGGUGGCAAGGUGGUAUCGGCGCGGAAAGGCGGGGCAGCGCAAGAUAACGAAGAGGACGACGAAGACGAGGAUGAGUUUCUUGAAAGUAUUCCGUUUGCGUGUAUUAUCUGCCGGAAACCAUAUAGUAACCCCAUUGUCACCAAGUGCGGGCAUUAUUUCUGCGAAUCGUGUGCGUUGCAGCGUUACCGCAAGAAUCCAUCUUGUGCGGCUUGCGGUGCGGGGACGGGCGGUGUGUUUAAUACGGCCAAGAAACUGAGCCAGUUGCUUGAUAAAAAGCGGGAACGCGCUCGCAGGCAACGUGAGCAGGCUAUCGCGGCUGGAGAGGAGGUGAGCAGCGAAGAGGAGGACGAGGCGGAGGACUCGUGAUGGUUAGAGUUGUCAACGCGAGGGAUAUGUAUGCAUGUUUGUAUAGGAUAACUAAUGGACGAUUUGCAGCUGGCUGCAGAUAUAUACAUUGUUCUAUUUCAAUAUAUGCAAGAGAUAAUCCGUACGG